AUGACGGCUCCGGCAACGCCAGCGAGCAGAACCUGCAGAAUUCCAACCCCGGCCGACGCAGAAGAAGAGGUGGUUGUUGUCGCGCCUGUAGGGGUCUCCCCCGAUGUGGUGGUGGUCCCGGGGGGAGUCGUCGUCGUCUCCGAGGCCGAGCCAGAGCUCGACGAGGUUUCGGCUCCCGUCUCCCCGCUCUUGGUAGUACUGGUUGUCUUUGGGCAGCCAGGGGCCCCUUCCGUCCCCGUGGUGGUCUUCUCGCCAGAAGUCUCGGACGUGGACGUGGCCGUGGUCGAGUGCGAGGCGGCACACGCACAAAGGGCCUCGCCCACGCGGAUUCCCUCGGGAAUCUCGGUUGCGUUGCAUGCGGCGAGAGCGCAGCCAGCAGCGAUUGACUGA